AUGAAUGAAACAGCUUAUUUACACAACAAUAGUAUCAUCAGUGAUCAUAUCAUCAGUGAUCAUCCAACACUAAAUGAACCCAAUCAAGAGCAGCAACCUUUAACCGGUAAAAGCCUUGCUCCUUUCAAGAGACGUUGUUUUUCCGACCUUGGAUUAGGAUUGUUUAAAUGUUACCCAAAUGACCAGGAUGACCGUGAUGGUGAUGAAGGUAAUGCCAGCCACUGUUAUGGACCAAGAUUUGGAUUAAAGGAAAAAACUGCUCUAAUAUUGCCUCUACUGAUUGGUGUUGAUAAAGUGUCGACUCUUACGGAACCCUUUUUGUUGACUACUGAAGAUAUUGCUCGUCGUUCAAUCCAACCACCAACAAUGUCUAGAUCUUCACAUCGAGAUCGAAGUCAGCGUAAAACUUUACCCGUGAUUGGCAAGAAAAUUGGUGAUCUCGAGAGCUAUGUUAAACCCAUUAAAGGAUCUUCUUCUUUAAAUGCUCCGAUUGACAGUUUUUCUCGUCCACCAUCUUAUGAAUCUGAAUCUUGGGCUGUCCCGGUUCAAACCAUGACUCAAUCAGAUUCAGAUGAUCAACAAGACUCUAGUGAAAGUGAAAGUUCAAAGGUUGACUUUGGUACAGUUCAUCAUUCACUGGCAAAAGAAAAGGUUGAACCAACGGAUAAAAGUUCAGCAAUGGAAACAAUGGAAUAUAAAUUUCAACAAACUCGAAGGAAACGUCAACAGGUUAAAAAGUCGAGCCGGUUAACACCAAUAGCCACAGGUCUAAGUGGCUCCAAGGAUUCCGAGAGAGCCAAAUCAGUGGACAAAGAGACUGGACAAGUUAUUCCAAGUAAUCCAGUUUUACACUCUUCACCUGGACCUGUUCACUUACGUCAACCAGCACAACCGUCUUUACCCGAACCAAGUAACAACAGUAAAUCAACUUACGAACCUUAUACAAAUUUGGCUUCAACAAGACACAAGUUGACCCGUUUGGGUUCCCGGUCAAGUCCAGGUUCUCAAGUACUUGGUUCAAGCCAGUUUUCCGAUGAAGAUGAUGUUGCAAGUUCAACCCGUGAACCUGAUGAGGAUGCCAAUGAUUCUGGGUUUGAAUUUUCAGAAACCCUGGCUGGUGGUGCUUCAAGUGUCUCGGCUUCAUCGUCUUCAUCGCGCACCCGACCAGUCAAUGUGAACCCUCGAUGGAGGGAAAAACUUCUCUCUAUUCAAUCGGAUGUUUCUUCAACCAGUGACUUGUUGUUGGCUCGAUUGACUCCAUCAACUGCAGAGCCUUCAAGGAUUACCACACCGAGUUCAAGUCUUGCUCUAUCUCGUGGUAGUCUGGCAAGUUCAAUUAGACCCACUUCAUCUGAACUGGAAUCGGGUUGGGGAAGUCAAGAGUUGAUUGAAUCAUCUUCAACCGAUGAUCGGUCUUACCCUAACCCACUUCAAGAAAAGGAAUCCUUUGAAUCUGAUUGUGAGGUUGAUCUGGUUGAACCUAGGCAAAGCUUGGAAAAUGUGCUUCUUGGAAUUGACGAGAAUCGAAAUAUAAUUCGCUUUGAAGAUAUUCAAGAAGCUGAUCUGGAAAUUGAACCAAGUUCACUGGUUUCAUCUUCAGAUUUACAUUCACCUGAACCUGAAAGAUCAACAGCUCGUCCGGAUAAACAUUCAUUAACCAAUUUAGUGAACGUUAAACUAAGUGAUGCUACAAAAUCAAAGGUUGAUCAAGGUGGUAAUGUUGAUAUUGAUAGAUCCAAUAAUGAGGAUGAUGAUGAUGAUGAUGAAAAAGGGGGUUUAUUUAUUAAUGAGAAGUAUGUUGUUCACUGCAGACGAUCAAAGGAUCGUGAUUUAAAGCCAGCUGAGUCAAUUGAUGAAGGUAAAAUAAAAGUCUCAAAGGUUGAUGAAAGCCAAUCAAAGGAGAUUUCAGGCGAUAUUAAUUUAUCAGAUAGUCAAGGUUGUACCAGCGGUAAUCCAAAGAUCAAUUGGUAUGCUCGAUCAGUAAAUGAGAAUGUAAAUGUUCGUGGUUUAUCAACACGAAUAAAUAAAAAGGAGGAGAAACCUGGUCAAGAGAAAGAUAAGGAAAAAGAUGAUUUUGUUAAGCGAAUUAGUGGAACUAAGGAUCAAUUUAGUGAUGAUGAUAAUGAUGAUGGUAAGGAUGAUGAUGAUGAUGAUGAAGGUGGAAUUGAUCAGGCAUACCUGAAAUCUCCUUCAAAAUCCGUUGCGGUGUCAACAGUAAAUUUAUCUGAUUGUACACCUGCAGGUUUACCUGAAUAUUCAUCAAUGAAUUCUGAGCAAGCAGACAGUAAACUUUUGUCUUCAACUGGGAGUAACAAUGCAAAUACCAACAAAAAUAGUUCUAGUACAACGGCAACAACAACAACAACAACAGUAACAGCAACAUCAAGCUCGGCCAACAAUAGGCAAACAUCAACCUUGAGACCAAGGAGAGGAAGGAGUGGAGGUGGGGAAAGGCGAAGCUCAUCUGAUCCUUUUGGAUGUAACCAAACUUCCCAGUCACUGAGUAAAACUGUUACAGACCACUUGAAAUCACGAGGAAGUAUAACGGUUCCUUAUAGUGGUAUAACCAUCUCAAGAGGUUUAGCAUCGGGUUAUUUGAGGCCCUCAGUGGUUAACCUUUAUGGUGAUUAUGAGCCAGAGGAGGGAUUAAGAGGUUUAGUCAAGAGGAGUGAGGUCAACAGUAAUGAAGAUUCAAUUUGUACCGUGAAAUCGUUUAAGGAUAAUUGUAGUACUGGAUCUAAGUCAACCAAGUGCCAACAACCUAAAUCACAAUCAUCGUCAUCUUCAUCAUUAUCAUCGUCUUCGUUAAUUCCUACACCAUCUUUAAUUUCAUCAACUACUGUGACUACUUCAUCUGCAUCAACUUCAACUACAACCUCAACCACAACCACUGUCUCAACCAUGCGCCUCUCUCGACCUAAACUUGAUCCGGAUCAGUUGAUGAGUGCUCUUCUACCUCAUCGAAAAGAAGUGCCCAGUUCAUCGACAACUACUCCGCCUCCACCGCCUCCACCUCCACCACCACCACCACUGCCAACGGUUAGGUCAAUUGGUUUACCAAGUAUUACCAUGUUUCCCGUUUCACGGAAAACCCAGACUCGAGAAUUGUUUUCUCCUGAAGUUCGCUCCAUUGGAUUACAGCGAGAUUUGAGUGUGGCUCUUCAAGCCAUUGGUAUCAAUACUGAUAUUGACAUGGAUUUGAUGAAUCGCAUUCUGGAUAAAAUAUUGGCUCCAAAAGCAUCCAUAGCUAUUCAAACAGAUGAUAUGGUGAAACCAGUUAAAGUGCGUAAAUGUCGUGAUGCUUCGGUUGGAACGGAAAAAUUUUCCCGUGAACGAUUCUCUGCUCUGCCUGAGACACGAUCAAAAUAUACACAAACGGAAUCAUCUUGGCUUAGAUCCAAGACGAAAGCCGUCUCUACUGAAGAUGAUUCACCGUUGCCAGUUACACUUCAGCCUAGUUCACCAGGGGAUACUCGUCGGUCUCGAGGUAUUGUACGAAUUGUUCGUGAUCGACCGUACAAAUUGAGCUGCGAAGAUAUUCAAACUGAUUUAUCCGAUCACCAUGAAGUUCAAGUUGGUGUAAGUAAAUUUACUUCAAUUGACUCUGAUUAUUCUGGUAAAACAAAGACUGGAACUGAUGAAUCAGGUGAUGCUACUCAACAGCAGAUUUGGUAUCAACCUUGUGUUCAACAAAAGCAACAACAAUCAACUCAAGUUUCUAGGCCAAGGUCGCCACAGCAUUCAAUUAAGGCAUCAACUAAAACAGCUUCCAGCCAAACAAUGAACACAAUCUCAUCUAACACAAUCCAACGACCAACAAAAAUAACAGCAACUGCCGAUCGAAAUAAACAAAUUCAAACAGAUCCACCAAUAGCAUCACAGCCAACUACCAUUGAGAUACCGUAUUCAGGUACAGAGACUCGGCCUGUAUCUCGAGCCACAUCAAUCACCACGGAUGGCAAUUACUCUGAUUGUUCAUCCAAACAAUCGACUCAAGAAACCCAAUACAACAAGGAAUCCAAUUAUCUUCCUUCACAAGCUCAGUUAGAGCGUUCGCUCAAUCAAAAUGAUCGUAUGCCAACCUUCAACUCGGCACUUAUGGAACCAGAAGUUGAAAGGACGAAUCAAAUUAAACCAAGGACUCCAUCGCCAUCACAUCGACAACAGACGCGAUUCAAUGCACAAUCAUCAAUACCUUCUUAUAGUCCCAACCUUUCUCCUCAACAUUAUCAACAGCACCAAAUGCAUCCAAAUCAAGUUCCGAUGGUAUCUCAACCAAACGAUAACUUGCUUUAUAACCAACCAACUGCUAGACAAAACCAGCCUGGUCCAUCAAAAGAUCAGCUAAUUGGUGAAGCUAGGACCAAUAGAGAUGAUAAUAACAGGACAACCGAUAAUAAAGGAACAACUGAUUUAGUUCCUUGUUCACAGUCUGAACGUUUAAUGAAAAAUUUUGCUCAACAGCUGCAAACUCAUUCAAAAGUAAUUGUAUCCAUCAAUAAAGAGAGUCAACGUGAAGUUUCGGAAGUUUCCUCAAUCACAACAAUGGAUCGAGAUGGUAAACUAUCAAGGAAAACUCAAGUCUCAACUAGUCGAAAGAUUCCCGUAUUUACUGGUUUAAAUAGGGGCAAUCAUUUAGUUGGAGAGGUCGAUGAUGAUCAAGCAAGUCAAAGUACAGUUACACAGCCUGUAAUAACAUCACCAACAUUGUCCAAAGGAACCUUUCCUUCAACACCAGCUUCACCUUUAGGUAAAAAAUAUUUAGAAACCACAUUAAGCGAGUCAUCGACACGACCAUCAUCAGCCUUGGAUGCUCAUUACAUACAAUCUGUUUCAACUCAUGGAGGAUUGGAUCAAUAUCGAUCAACUUCAUCCAACCUAGAGUCAAACAAUUAUUACCAAAUGCGGUCAAUAAAUGAAACUGAUAUGGCAACUAGAAUACCUUCACCUGAAGGUCCGCUAUCAGUACACCCUUCAUCAUCAGCACCAAUAACAAGGUCCACAGCGGCUUCUAAAACUAGAAUAACCGAUCCAUUGCAUAUAGUUAUUAGUGAACCUGGUCAAGGAGAUGACAUUUCACUUCCUUCACCUCCUGAAUCAUCAUCUUCAUCAUCACCUUCACCUCUUCAAAUUAGGUAUCCUUCGUCAUCAGCAAAAUUAACAGAAGCAGGUGAAACAACGGCUCAUAGUCAACAGUCACCAGUCCAGUUAGUUCAUGCUCAUAAUCCUAUUGUUAGUCGGCGAAAUGUUAAACCUGGUUUGGUUGGUAUAACCUGGGAAGAGGCAAGUAGCUCAACCAUUUGUAGCGAAAUGUCAACUGAGCCUUUUAAGGAUCCAAGCGGAACUUUACAUCGUCCCAAGGCAGUCUCGGUUUCCAGUGAGACUGUUAUUGCUAGCACGGGAAAGGAUACAAAAGUUGAAACUCGAUCCAGAGCCAGUCGAAAGUAUGCCAAUAAUGCUAUAAUGGAACCAGAUAUUAAAUCGGAAACUAUUUUAACCGAUUCUCCUCCUUAUCCAGUUGCUCCUUCAAAUCGAAAUGUUUAUCCUAAUCAAAAUCCACUCCAUCCUUGUACAUCAACAUCAUCACCAUCAUUACCAACCGUUCAAACUGCCAAACCAAUGGAUACUUUAAACAGUUCACCUUACCAACAAUACAGGAAUUCAGCAUCAGUUUCAUCGCCUCCACCACCUACUGGUCAUUCCAAUCCUCUUUCACCUCAACCUUCAUCUGAUAGGAAAAUGCAUGAACCUGAACGCCAUCGUCAAAGACACAAAUCUUCAAACCACGAAACGGGUAACUCAUCAUCUGUUGGAUUGAUUGAAGGAACACCGAGAAAAUUAAAUCAUCAUUCUUUGUCAACUACCAAUUUAUUCAACGAACCUAAUUCAAUUGUAAAUUCACAAAGAUCUGACAGGAUGAUGCAUUAUCCUCCAGCUCCACCUUCGUACACAACAUCACCCGAUCCUCGUGAUUCUCGGUCUAUUGGUUUGGGUUAUUUUCAACCAAGUUAUACGGAAACACAUCUGCCAACCUUUCGUGAUGACAUGAAUCUGCGUAAUUUGCGGCAAAUUGGUUUAUCCAAUUCAGAUUCUGUUGCUGCUAAAAGUCAAAUGUUGAUUAGUUCACCUCAGCCUUCAGUUGAUUCUGGUUUAAAGGUUGAUGGUUCAAGUGUUGAUGAAUUUGGGUUACGGAGUAACGUUGAGUCUCGUGAAUCAGUGGCACCUAAUGCUGAUUCACGACCGAUCUCUAGAGUUGCGCUACAAAACCCUGGAAUGGACUCUAAAAUGACUGGCCAAAGAACAUUGAAAGAGUCAAGAAGAGACGAAACGUCAAGAGUCUUAGCACAAUCUGCUCAAGCAACGAUUAUGCCGAAAGACUCGAAAGAGUAUGUAAACAAUCAAUCACAUCAACAACAAUAUCAAAAUCAACAACUAAGGCAACAGCCACAAGCAAAAUCACAAGGUGAAACUGAGAUCACGACCAGUAUAACUAAAACAACGAUUCCCGAAGAAACUGAACCAGACGGAAUUGGUGGUUUAAAGGUUAAAAGGCCUGCCAUGUCUCGUUUAGUACUUGAACAAAUGUUACAAUCAGGUGAUCGAAGUAAAGGUGUUUCAAUGGGAAACCAUAGCGGUGGUGACACAGGCAAAGGGAAUCAAAGUAAUCCUCCAAUUGGUGGUGAUGGUUGCACCAUUUCAUCAUCAGUAACCCUUGAGUCACCUUAUAGGUAUCAAAAUAAAAUGGCAUCGAUGAAAGAUUUAACCUAUUCACAGAGAAAAGCCAAUGAAAAUGAAAGAGAAGGCGAAAGGGAAGGUGAAGAGGAAUCAGUUAAAGGUGGAAAUGUAUCCAGAAUGAAAUCAGCCACAUCCAUGGAUUCAAUACCAAAGAAGAGAUCAAAAUCUUGUCAUAGUUACACAUUUGGCGGGUCAACACCAGGAAUUGGCUCCAAUGAAUCUAAUCGAGCUGGUGGCGGUGGUGGUGAAGUGGUAACAACAAGUAAAUUUGAGAGGCACAAAAGUCCACAAGAUGGUAGAGGACGUGAAGAGACUACUUGGGAAUACUCGAUGGAAUGUAACUGUGUAAAUGGUGUUAAUACGUCGCUUCGAACAAGCGUUAAACACAAGCGAACCUAUUUACCCUUUGCUUGUACUAUGUACGAAUCAUCUGUUUAAAUGAUGAACCACCUACUUGAACGGCUCAAAAUUACCAGUAAAUACUGUGAGGACUCAUUACCAUCAUCUUGAAAUCAUCAUUAUCUUCUUCUUCAUGGAUUUUAUACAUUAACAUACAUUCAAUUCUUGAACCUUUCCCAAAUUUUUUAUAAUCAAUUUCCAAUUUUUCAUUUUAUCCAUUGUUUUGUUUUAUUACAUUUUAAUAUUUCUAUCAAUCUUUAAUUCUUACUGUUUACACCUUUGUUUUCCUUGUUUAUUCCAUAUUUGAAAUUACAAACCUUUAUUUUGUUAUUAAUACCAUCAACAGUAUACGCUUUUGGUUGUAACAAUCAACUACAUAAAAAAUACUAACCAACUGUUUAAAUUAUAAUGGUGUUACUUGAAUAAACAAAAGUGAAAUCAUCAUCACUAUUAGUUCAACAUCAUGACAAAAGUCAGUAUUGAAUGUCUAUCAAA